GUGAACUCGUGAGUUGCGCAACAGACGCGAGGUCAGCAGGCUUUUUGGCGCCAAACUGGGUGAAAGGCGCUGUACAUCCCGAUUCUAAAACAAUUGCCUAUCAAAAUUAUGCCGCCAAGGAAAGCAGCAAAACGAGCAUCUCAGGCUCCUGUGAAAGAUCACCAGGAAGCAAAGAAGCUCAAGAAGAAAGAAGAUUUGGUCGUCGCACCUAAUUUACGACAAUCAAAAACAGGCGGUGUGUUGCUGGUAUUUGGACAAGGCGAUGUAGGCCAACUUGGGCUGGGCGAAGAUGUUGUUGAGAAAACACGUCCAGCAAUUAUCCCUGGGUAUCAAGAUAUCAUAGCUGUGGCUGCUGGUGGUAUGCACAAUGUCUGCCUGAGGAAAACUGGAGAAGUGAUAACAUUUGGAUGUAAUGACGAAGGGGCAUUGGGACGUGACACGUCUAAAGUCCCUGAAUCGAACCCAGGUCUUGUUACAUUGCCUGAUAAAGUUAUACAAGUAACUGCUGGUGACUCUCACAGCGCUGCAUUAUUGGAAAAUGGACAAGUUUUUGCAUGGGGUUCCUUCAGGGAUUCUCAUGGCAACAUGGGACUGACUUUAAAUGGAAACGAGCGGUUUCCAAUAGAGCUAUUGCCAGAUGUAAAGAUAGUUAAAAUAGCAUCAGGUGCAGAUCAUCUAGUUCUGCUUAAUGAAAAUGGAUUCGUAUAUACGUGUGGAUGUGCAGAACAAGGACAGCUAGGACGGGUAGCUUCCAGAGCAGCUAGCAGACAUACUCGCCACGGCAUGAGUCCCCUGUUAACCCCGGGUUUAGUGGAAUUUAAAAUUACUAAGAAACUAAGAUUUGAUGAUAUUUGGGCGGGCACCUAUUGUACAUUCGUUAAGGCGUAUCACACGCAAGAAGUGUACGUGUUUGGAUUAAAUAAUUAUCAUCAAAUCGGAUUAUCGGAUCCUCUGCCUCGCUUUCAUCCACAAAUCUCAGAAACAUUCAGCGGAAAUAACUGGAGGCAUAUUAGUAGUGGCCAACAUCAUACUAUCGCUUUAGAUGAUGCUGGUAAAGUAUACGUGAUGGGUCGUAAGGAAUACGGCCGUCUAGGGCUUGGAUCUAAUUGUUCAGAUGCAGAGAAAUUAACACCAGUUCCUAGUUUAAGUUCCUUUAAAUGUAUCGAUGUCGCGGCUGGCAGUGCGCAAUCCUUCGCUGUUACAGAGUCAGGUAAAUUAUUUACUUUA